AUGGGAAGGGGAAUUACGUGGGAUGACAAGCUUGAUGCAAAGCUUUUGUUUGCAAUUAUCUCAACUUCGGCGCCCAAAAUCAAUUACGAAGCAGUGGCGAAGAUUAUUGGCAAUGAUUGUACGCCGAACGCCAUUCGACAUCGACUAGCCAGAAUUAAACUGAAGGCUGAUGAGGGCAACAGUGCAUCCUCCUCUCCGGCUAAGACCCCAAAUUCCAAAGCUGGUGGCGGACAUGGAAAGAUGGCCAAAAAGCGCAAUGCUAAUGACAGCUCUAACGAGGAGCCUGGAGAUAUCAAGAAGGUCAAACAAGAACAUGUGCAGGAGUCUGACACGGAUGAGUGA